AUCAGCUGAGUUAAAUCGCCCAAGGAAAGCUCGUCCCCUGCGGCGCGGCCCCGAGAAGCGCAGGGACGGGUUCCCCUCCUUUUGGCAAGAAGACAAAACAGCCGAGUGGGCCCCAUGGGGAAAGGGGGUGAGAAAGGAGGGGAGUCGGGGGAGCCGACAGCGCAGAUCCACUUCUACACAUGGGAGGAGAUCCAGAAGCACAACGGGAGGACAGACAAGUGGCUGGUGAUAGAGCGCAAGGUUUAUAAUGUCACCCAGUGGGCGACCAGACACCCGGGGGGACAUCGAGUGAUCAGCCACUGCGCCGGCGAAGAUGCCACGGACGCAUUCCAGGCCUUCCAUAUCAAUCCCACCUUGGUGCAAAAGUUUCUCAAGCCAUUACUUAUUGGAGAACUUGCUCCAGGGGAACCUAGCCAGGACCGAGAUAAAAACUCCCAGCUGGUGGAAGAUUUCCGGACCCUGAGGAAGACAGCAGAGGACAUGGACUUGUUCAGAGCAAAUCCUUUGUUCUUCUCACUUUACUUGGGCCACAUUAUUGCAAUGGAAGUUUUGGCUUGGUUAAUGGUUUCAUACUUCGGUACUGGCUGGAUCACAACUCUCAUCCUCUCCUGCAUCCUUACGACUUCCCAGGCCCAGGCAGGGUGGCUGCAACAUGACUUUGGACACCUCUCUGUCUUUAAGAAGUCUUCCUGGAACCACAUCGUCCACAAGUUUGUCAUUGGACACUUGAAGGGUGCCUCUGCAAACUGGUGGAACCAUCGUCACUUCCAACACCAUGCCAAGCCCAACAUAUUCAAGAAGGACCCAGAUGUGAACAUGCUGCAUAUUUUCGUCCUUGGAGAUACACAGCCUGUUGAGUAUGGCAAGAAGAAGCUGAAGUACCUGCCUUACAACCACCAGCACGAGUACUUCUUCCUUGUCUUCCCGCCUCUGCUCAUCCCCGUGUAUUUCCAAAUCCAAAUCAUCUCGACCAUGAUCAGGCGCAGGUUCUGGGCGGACCUAGCCUGGGCCAUCAGCUACUACAUGCGCUACUUCAUCACAUACAUCCCAUUCUAUGGUGUUCUGGGAUCCCUGUUUCUCCUUACUUUUGUCAGGUUUCUGGAGAGUCACUGGUUUGUGUGGGUCACCCAGAUGAAUCAUAUUCCAAUGGAAAUUGAUUGUGAGAAGCACAGAGACUGGCUUAGCUCUCAGAUGGCAGCCACCUGCAAUAUCGAGCAGUCCUUUUUCAACGACUGGUUCACCGGGCACCUGAAUUUUCAAAUCGAGCACCACCUGUUUCCAACAAUGCCGCGGCACAAUUUCUGGAAGGUGAAACCUUUGGUGAAGUCAUUAUGUGCCAAGUACGGAGUCCACUAUGAAGAGAAGCCUCUUUGGAAAGCAUUCGUAGACAUUGUUGGGUCCCUAAAGAAAUCUGGAGAUCUAUGGCUGGAUGCUUACCUCCAUAAAUGAACAUGAAUCUUACUGGGGAGGUGUGAGUGCCAGGGAGGGAUGGGGAGGGUGUGCGGGGGGAGGAAAUCACAUGUGUCUUUUACUCUCAGAUUUCAGUCUAUAUCUACGUGCCCAGUCGGAGGGGAGUUUCCUCUCUUGUGAACUGGUACGGGCCCAGGCAACCUGUUUAAUCCAGACAGAUUUCAAAAAUGUGCUUCAGAGGAUGAGAAGCAAUGCCAGUAUUGCACAAAACGGAAGGUUGGGAGAG